AUGAUUAAAAUAGCUAUAGCAGGGAGUGGUGGCUUUGCCCAGUAUAUCGCCCAUUUCUUAACUACUCAGACUUCACAUCCCUUUAUCAUCCUAUCGAGGAAUCCUAAUCAAGCUCUCGCUGCGAAAGGAUGGCAGGUUGUCAGGGUUAACUAUGAUCAACCCGCUCAACUCCGCUAUGCCCUUGCAGGGGUCGAUACUGUGAUAUCAACCAUACCAGGCACUGCAGAAUUAAACCUCAUUGAUGCUGCCGCCCAGUCCCACGUCCGUCGAUUCGUACCGUCUGAAUUCGAAGGGCCACCAGGCCAGGCACUAGCAUCCGAGCUACUUGACCGGGGCAACUCGAGCAGUCUUGCCCGCCUCUGCCACUACCAUGGCCAUGGUAUCAUGGAUUACACUGUCUUUGUCUGCGGUAUUUUCUAUGAAAGGUUUUCCCCUGGUGGUAUGGCUGCGUUUCAGAUCGGGCGUGGAACUCACAUUGAUAAUGAAGGCAGCUACCUCCUAAACAUCCGUGCCAAAACAGCUCACGUUUUAUACCCUACUGAAAACUCGGCCCGGUCUGCUUCCAUAUGCAUGACAUCUGCACAGGAUGCAGCACGCUUCAUCGUUGCAGCUUUAGCCCUGGACAGAUGGCCAACGGAGUUUAGAAUGUGCGGAGACCGUACACGGUUAACUGAUCUUGUAAGAGUGGCCGAAAGUACAUUUGGUAACCCUCCCUAA